CUCGAUCGGUGCGUCUCUUUGGAAUAAUGGUCAUGAGUUGUGUUGUUCCUACAGUCGUCGUCUUCUCCUCUACCACCUGCUCCUUCUGUGUAUGUGACUCCACAACAAGCAUGCCCUGCACCUUAAUCAUCCCUUCUUCUCCUCCUGUGAUUCAGCUGAUUCCUGAAUAGACCCAGUUACCCUUGACGACAUAUAUUUUACCUAACUGGCCCUUGUAAUUUCUAGACAGUCCAUACCUAUCUUGAUAACACACUUGUAAGUCUCGCAUGUUUUUUCCCAAUAUUACAGUAUGCAGAUCCCCAAUCCAAGUCGGAUCACUAACAGUCUCAUAGAUUCUAGUCCAUGCCAAUCCCAAUCCAAAUCGCAAAUCCAAUAUUCCUAUCCUCUAGAAUUUAGCCUCAAGCCCCUCACAACUACUUUUGAACCCCAAGAAAACCCUUCUCUUAGUAGAAGCUGCUCCUCCACCUCCAUUGAUACAAUGAUCUCCGACUUGUUUUCCCCGACCUCCCCGUCCUCCGCCUCCUCCGACUCACUAUUAAUGUCUGGGGACUACCUUGGCAUGGAGUCCUGUGUCGACGUUCUAAGUGACGAUGAAUUGAAUUUUAGUAGCUGUCAUCAUGAUUGUUAUAGUCAGAGAAAAGAAAGGUUAUGUUGGGCGCGGGAGAAGGAGAAGAAGAGAACUUAUGAAGAACUUCCACCUCCACUUUCGUUGCUGGCGCGUACGGAGAAUCUGCCUUCUCACAUGCCUUGGGUUUUGAAGAGGCAUUACACCACCGAUGGACGGUUGAUUUUGACGGAGGAGAAGGUUCGGCACCAUGAGUACUUCAGGGCCCAUAGAUCCAAUGGGCGCCUUAGACUACAGCUUGUCCCUCUUGACGGCCAGGUUUUGGUUCCGCCAGUAGUUUGUUGUGAUGAUGAUCAUGAUGAGGAGGAGGUGGAUGAUAAUGAUGGGUACUAUUGUGACAAUCAUGAUGUGCUCUACGAUGACAAUCUCGAUGCUUAUGAUGGCGACGAUGAUGCUUAUGAUUACGAUUACGAUUGUCAUUGUGAUUAUGAUUAUGAUUAUGACAAUGACUGCAAUGGUCUUUGUCGUCAUGGUGAUGUUGAACAAACAAUUAAGGUUGCCAAUUCAUCAACUGCGUCAGCUGGGAAGUGUCGCAAUAUUAACACUACUGUGAAAACAGAGUCAUCGUGCAUCUUGGGAGUGCUAGCGCCAGCGAUCAGAUGUGUGAAGGGCAAUACAAAUGGAUCAAGGAAAGGCUUUCUGGGGCAAGCUGGAUUUGGCGGCCUAUUUCGCGGCCAUGCUGGUCAAGUAAUGAUCAGCGCUUUUUGUGACAAUAUCGGAAUCUCAUUUACUCAUAGGGCUAAACUUGCAGCCUUCAUCUUUGCUAUGAUCAUAGCUUGGGAGAAGGGUUGGUUACGCUAUGGUUGGAUACAAAUUCUCAGUUGGUCCUAUCUCUUUUCUCUAAACCCCUUUCUGCUCUUUGGUCUUUGUGUCCUCAGUGGGGACAUUGAUGUUAUCUAAUAAGCCUGCAUGAUCGAUCUUCAGAGUUUCUCAUUUAGAAAGAAUGGCAAUACAUGCGGUGGCUGAUAAUCUUGCCAAACCAUGUGUUGGUGGGAUAAUACUGGUUUUUCAACUCCUGAGCCAGGGAUGGAAUUGCUCAUUGUAUAUGGUUCUUUUCGUUGCCUUUAGCUGUACUCAAAGAAUUUUUGAAUCAUAUAGGUAGACCUGACAUUCGUGUCGUGCUUUCUGUUUUCAUGUCAUACCUGAUAUCUUAACGGAUCGUGUC